GCUUCUGAUCUUGCCGAUCGGUACAGUGAUCUUGGCAGUAAACUUUCUGAGAGACAACAGGACUUGGACUCCAAUCUUACGGUUGCGAAUGGCCUUGCAGCCAAGACUCGGGACGCACAAGGAAUGUUGGAUUGGAUUUCUGCCACUGGUGAUAAACUGAAGUCACUGAGUCCCAUCAGUGAUGAACUUGAACCAGUCAAGGACCAGUUAGAUGAACAAAAGAAUAUCCAAGAUGAUGUCACAUCACGGGAAGCCUGAAAUAGCUGACACAGUGAAAUCUACUGAGCAAUUCUUGCGUGAAAACUGGGACAAAUUGACUCCAGAUAAAAGAGAAGAAUUACAGAACCUGUCUGAAAAUGUGAAAGAUGGCUAUGAUGAUAUCACAGACAAGACAACUGAUAGACUAAAAAAAUUACAGAAAUUAUUGAACCAAUUACAGAAAGACAAAGAAGAACAAGCUGCACUUGAAAAAGAUUUGUCUGAAAAGACAAUUGCGAUAGACGAUCUGCUGAGAUGGAUUACAGCCACUGAACUCAAACUUGGAUCGCAGCAACCAAUGAGCGAAGAAUCUGAACCACUGACCAAUCAGAAAGACACAGCUCAGAAGGUCAAGGAUGAUGUCACCGCUCAUCAACAACCAAUCUUCAUCACCUCGCAGUCUGUUGACGAGCUUCUUGCUAAACAAGCCGACAAAAUCCCAGAGAAGGACAAGGUCAUUAUUGUUGAAAAAAUCACAACCAUGAAGACACGUUAUGAAGUUCUUGUUGUGCAGACUGAAAUACGGGUGAAGCUUCUCAAGCCAGCGGUGGAUAACUUGAAAAAGCAUGAAACAGAUGGAACAACAUUCGAGGAUUGGUUGACGUCAGCUGAGAAAACUAUCAACGAUCUCGCAAGAGAUGUUGCCAAAGAAUUGGAUGAUCUUAAGAAACAAGACAAGAAGGUGAAAGCGCUAAAUGAAGAAAUAAUGGACCACAAAGCUGAUGUCAAGAUUCUAAACUCAGGGGGUCACAAAUUCCUGGAUGAUGCCAAGGUUUACAAAAAAGACUUGGCUGAAUUCCGCAGUGCAACCUUACCUAAACAUAUUUCCAAGGAAUUUACCGAGAAACCGGACACCAACAUCAUCAAGAACCGACUGAACACCAUGAAUGAACGAUACAACAAAUUGAAAGCUGUCACCAAACAACACUCAGACAAGCUUCAAGAACUGGUUGGGAAACAUGACAAGUACCAGGAUUCCAUGGAUGCCGUAUUGCCAUGGUUACAAUUGAAAGAGAAGGAAGUGAAACAACAAGUGGAGGAACCAGUCUGUGCUGAGCCGCAAGGCGUAAAACGACAGAUUGAUAGACUAAAGGGUUUGAAUGAUGACUUAGUUUCUCGUGGAAGAGAUGUUGACAAACUAAAGACUACAGGCAAGGACUUAAGUGACACACAACCAGAGUUGAAGGACGAUAUUGAGAAGACUAUUACGAAUGCAGAUUCCAAAUAUCAUGGCUUGGAAUCCCAAGUGUCGAAACGAAGUAACGUUUUACAGACGGCCUUCACAAAGUCCCAGGGAGUACAGGAUGGUUUGGACGCACUCUUGAAAUGGUUGGACGAGGUUGAACCAAAAGUUAAAAAAUGUGUUACUGUGGUGAUUGUCAUCAAGAAAGAAAUUCUCAUCACACACCUUAAGGAGAUCAAGGUAAUACUUUCGGACGUUGAAAGCCACAAACCCAGCGUGAAGUCUGUAAAUGACUCUGCCAAGGAGCUGAUCCAAAACAGUGACUUAGCUGAGGCAAAGAACAUACAGACUAAAUUGGAUGAUCUGAAUAAGCGAUAUGACGUGGUCUUGAGUUGCGUAACUGAGAGGGAAGACUUGUUACAAAGUCUGCUGAAUAGACUGAGUGACCUGUUGGAGAAAGUUGACCAAUUGGAAGACUGGCUUCUCCCAACUUUGACAUUCUUUGACUCUUCAGAAGUUUAUCAUAUGGAACUACUGGAUCUCGAUGCUCGGAUUCUUGAAAUUACCAAGGAUGUUGACAACUACAAGCCACUGUAUGCGGAUAUUAAAGAUGUUGGCAAAGGUCUUGUAGACGAGCCAGAGGUCGAAAACAAAGCCAUGAUUUCAACACUUCUAGACAACGUGGAUAAGAACUGGGAAGCAUUGGAAGAAGCGCUCAAGAAGCGAAAAGAUCAAUUGGAAGACAGAAAACAAGCGCAGAAGAAGUUUAGCGAUGCCGUUGAAGAUGCUGAUAAGUUCUUGGAUGAUGUACAGAAGAAGCUGAAUGAACUGGAGCCUGUAGCAGCCGAAGAAGAUACACUGAAAAAACAGAUUACAGAGACUAAGCCAAUCAAGAAACAAGUUGAUGACUUCAAACCAACUCUAGAGGAAGUCACUGUACUUGGCAAUCAACUCGACUCACUGACAAAACCAGGUGACGAUUAUGUACAGAUUGAGCCACAGCGAUCAGUUGAAGUAGCCGGAGUUGCAUCUACUAAGCCUGUACCAGGACGAAGUGCUUCUGGUGUCCGGCGACGUCUAUCUGAUGGUGGGAGUAGUGAUGAGCUGUUAGAUGAGCAAACAGAACCACAAAAACAGAUUGCAGAUCUGACAGAUAAGUACAACAAACUGAGUGACAAACUGGAAAACCGUGACCAGGAUUUGGACACCAUGCUUGAGACAGUACAGGGUGUGAACGAUAAGAAUGGUGCAUUGCUACCAAUGAUAGAAUGGGUCAAAGCAGUGGAAGAAACACUGCAGUCACAGCAACCAAUCAAGUCUGAAAUUGAACCUUUGAAGAAACAAUUGGAUGAGCAAAAGGAUGUUCAAAAUGACAUUGACGAGCAUAAGAAACCUGUGGAGGAUGUCGUCAUGGAUACCACUGGAUUCUUGAAAGAGAAUCGUGAUAAGAUGACUCCUAUUCAACAGGCUGGUUUACAAAAGACUGUUGAGGACUUGCAGAAGACUUAUGCUGAUGUUGAUGAUAAAUCAAAGGACAGAUUGAAAGAAAUACAGAACACUUUGCAACACUUGGAAGCUGAUAAAGCUGAAAAGGCUGCUCUUGAAGAGAAAUACACCAAACAGGCUACGGCUAUUCAUGAUAUACUGCAAUGGGUAAAACAAACUGAGAAGACACUCGGAUCUCAACAACCAAUGAAUGAAGAGUCUAAGCCACUUACUGAACAAUAUGAUAACAAUAAGACAAUACAGAAGGACAUCACCGAACAACAGAAACCGACUCAGCAGUCUAUACAGACUGCACAACAACUAUUGGUUACCCAAGGAGAUAAACUGAGCAGCCAUGACAGAGCGAAGCUUGAAGACGAUAUCCAGAGUUUGAAAGCUCGUUAUGAUGUUGUCAGUGUCCUGUCUGAAACAAGAGGCAAGCUUUUGAAAUCUGGUGUUGACGACUUGAAAAAGUUUGAACAAGAACAUGUCACUUUUGAUAAAUGGCUGACAGACAAAGAGAAGGAAUUACAAAAUGCAGUUGACGAGACUGGGAAAGAGCUGGAUGUUUUGAAAAAACAGAAUGAAGACAUUAAAAAAUUCACUGAAGACGUCAUUGAUCAUAAAGCUGACUUAAAAUUCAUUAACAUGAGUGGUCAGAAGUAUCUAGAAAAUACAAAGGAAUAUAAGACCAAUCUGGUCGAUUAUCGCACAUCAGCUCUCCCGAAGGAAUUCAACAAGGAGUAUGUUGAAGAUGCAGAAACACCUGUCAUCAAAGACACAUUGAAGGACGUCAAUGACCGAUACGACAAACUGAAAAAGCAAGGAAACCAGCAGAGUCAGAAACUGAGUGACCUUCUAGAUAAACAUCUCAAGUACAAAGAUGCUCUGGAUGCAGUGUUGCCAUGGUUACAGCAAGCUGAAGAGGAGUUAACAAGCCAGCUGAAAGAACCAGUUGCAGUAGAACCAGAUGAAGUGAAAGAACAGCUGCAAAAAGCAAAGGUAUUUCCCACUGCACAGAAUCACUCUGUCCCACUACACCCCAUUUACAUCACACCAUAUCCAACUGAACCCAUAUACAGCCCACUACACCCUUCUGUACCCAUAUCCAGCUCAUCACAUCUCACUGCACCCAUAUCCUGCCUAUUGCAUCCAUAUCCUUCCCACUGCACCCAUAUCCUUUCCACUUUAUCCCACAGCACCAAUUUCAUACCCACUGCACCCAUAUCCAGGAGCUAG